GUGGAGGUCACGUUUCGCGGUGUCCGGAAAUCGUUGUGGUCGCUCCUGGUUUUUACGUAAAAAUAGUAUAUCGAUAAGUCUGGUAUUUGCAAGUUGAAAUCUGGUGUUAGUAUGUAGUAGUGCACUGCUUCCGGGGAUUUAACCGCAAAUUCCAGUUCCAGUGAAUUCCGUCACGGGAGUGUAAAUAUGGUUUAUCAAACACGGGGAGUAAAGCAAGUGAUCGAACCGAAGUGUUAAAACCUGUCACGUGCUCGGUCUACCGGAACCACGUGACGAACGAAGUGUGGUGCGGUUUCGGUUAUCCUCCCUAUCCUGCCGAUCCUGCGGAUUAUUUCAUCCUCUAAACGUGUUCAUUGUUGUGGUUGGGCGACGCACCGCACCGUAAGGAUCCUCUUUCUCCCAGUGAUUUCCAGGGAAGCGAAGAAAGAGAAAGAAAAAGAAGAAGCAAAAAUCUCGGUUCCGUCUUAAAACUCAGUGAGGGGAAAAAUCCAAGUGCGUGAUUCUUAUCUUUUAGCCGUUUUUAUGGUUAAAAAAACAUAACGAACCAGCCACGCCGAGCUAGCCAACGGUGGAAGGUGUGCGGGACUGGAAUCCUCCCUCCCGAAGCACUCCCGACGAUUGCUGCUACACCAUGGCCAAAGCCUUCUUCCUCCUCGGGCAUUCGCAUGCUAGAAAGGCGUGCUUGCAAAGCCACCACACAGCAUAAGCCUGUACUAAGUCAGUCAGCCUCAUCCUCUAAUUCACGCCAGUGUUGGCACGAUCUUGCAUUGGUGGUGCUAAAAUUAACCGACGUGAUCGCGGAUCGUGCGUUCUCUUAAGGAAGACAUCGAAAUCGCGUUCGAAGUGGUCCAGAUUAUGCAUAUAUAACUGUCAGCGGCCGGUGACAAAAUUGCAAACCGAACCGAGUUUCCGCGGUCCCGAGAACACCAGAGCACCUCCAGGAAGAUUAGGCAAGUAGCGGUAGCCGAGUGCCGAGUGACUCAUCCAGCGUGCAUGUGCAUCCGACCUGUGUGCUUGUGUUUGAGCAUCGCACGUACACAACCAACAACACGCACAUACUCUCAUCAAACUUAGCUGCACUCGCUGUGUAGAACGUGAAGAAUUACGAGAACCAAGUGUCCAGAGGCAGGCCUUUUGGAUUCGGGUUUUGUGCAUGUAAGCCGGGACAACCUUACCUUACCAGCUCAUCCAUCCGCCAAGUGCAUGCCAUCCAGUAGUGUUGUAUGCAGUGUGCCGUGUGUGUGUGCUGUGUGUGUGUGAGAGUGUCCUACUCCCCCUUCCAUUCUCCAGCUGCAUAAAUUCCCUGGAAGCUAAACUGAUUCGCUGAGGCUCGUCGCGACGUGGCCUUUACAGGGUCGUUCAUUCUUCCAUUACUCAUCAUCAUCGCUCGAGUUCUGGCGAAUAGAAUCGAAAGACGACAAAGUGUUAGCUCCUUCAAAAAACCCUCAAAUCCUCAAUACUAAAACGUACCGGGUCCACCGAGAGCUCCAAGCACACCGUACAGCCUCACGAUGGUACUGUGUGACAGUGAUUUAGAUUCCGCGGGUAUCUUGCAGAAGUGGAGCAAACUGCGCCGCCGCUGCGCAUCGUUCAAGUCAGUCUCCGGUCCGGCAUCGCUCGAUUCGGACACCAACUUCAUCUUGGGCGAGCAACCGCCAGGCCACUAUCAGAUCAUCAGCACAGCCAACGGGUCCCCGAUACCGCCUCAGCACUAUCACCACCACCACCAGCAUCAUCACCACCAGCAGCAGCAGCCGCCGCAACAUCCCUCGAAGCUGCACCAUCAGCACAACCAGCCGCAUCAUCUGCUGCACCACGGGCAUCAUCAGCACUUGCAGAUCCACGCUACGCCACGGCCACACCCAGCACACCACCUACACCACCAUCCGCAUCCGCAUCCGCAUCACCAUCAUCCGCAGCUUCACCACUUGCAUCAUCUGCAUCAGGCAGGAGUGAACCUGCAUCGCCAUCCGCUGAUCGACUAUCCGCUACCGGGCACCACUGUCGGUGGUCUCGCGGGCGUUCGCAGUGUUAGCCGCGGGAACUGGGAACUACGCCACUCGACCUCGUCGUCCACAUCGGCCUCAUCCUCCUCGACUAUUGGGCCACCGCCACCUGCACCAGCGGAGGACGACGAAGACGACGAGGAGGUGGAAGAGGAGGAAGCGGCCGCCGCUACCGCCGAUUAUUGGCAGCACCACCAUCCGCUAGCCGAACCAUGCGACGUUAAGCUGUGGCGCCUAGGAGCACACCAAACGUACGCCCAUCGGAUACACGUCAAUCCGGUUCAGCGGCGCAGCGCACACAGCAUCGACUGGGAGUACAACGUGCAGCGGUACGAGAGCAUGUGCGACAGUAAUCGACCGCACCCGCAACCACCGACGGCGGCCCGUAUCUUCCGGACGGAGAAGCUCCAAUACUACGACGAGCUGGCGGACAUCAAGAAGCCGCCGCCGGGACCGGGGGCGGGAUCAACCGGAAUGGAUGGCGGGAUGCGGAA